AUGUCUGGGCAUGGUGCUAACGCCGCCGCAACCGUCACUGCUCAAGUCGAUGCCGGUACCGAAUUAGAUGGUGCCGGAAAUCCCUUCGGGCAAACAAGCCGUUCACCCUCCAUUCAUGAUGCAGACUCAAGUUCAAAUGAUGAAAGCAAGGGUGAGACAUUGGAAGCAAUAAGAAGGAGAAAAGAGAAGAUGAAGGCCAAAAUUGAGAAGAAGGCUGAGAAGUUGAUGAUGAAGCGAAUCAAGGAAGAAAGCGAGAAGCAUCCUUUCUUCGGGUUAAAUCAAGUUCCUCAUAACUAUGCUUCAUCUCAAUAUCCUAUUUCUCAAUCUCAGUCGGUCCACUUGGGAAAACCUCCUUUCUUUGAUGGGACUGAUUAUGCUAAGUGGUCUUAUGACUUGAAAAUGCAUCUCUACGGACUUCACCCCUCUAUUUGGGAAGUUGUGAUUGUAGGUGUGACUCCUCCUACGAACGGUGUACCCGUGGCUGAACAAGCUCAAGACUACUUGCGCGUUGCCGUGAGGGUCAUCACAAGUUCCCUUUGUGCCCAAGAAUUCAACAAAGUCCGUAAUGUUGAAAUAGCCAAGAAAAUUUGGGACACACUAAGAGAAGCUCAUGAGGGAACCAAUGAAGUUAGAGAAGGCAAUAUGGAUUUGUUGCAAGGAGAGCUAGAGCACUUUGUCAUGCAUGAUGAAGAAACCGUGAGGCAAAUGUAUGAUAGACUAAUGGUCCCUAUAUCAGACAUUAGAUAUCUUGGAAGCACGGAAUGGGAAGAUCAGAAGUUGGUUGAGAGGGAUGUGGCAAAGUCACUUAGUCACAAAGUGAACAAGAAUGUAGCACUCAAUGCUAGCUCAAGUGAUAAGGUUGAAUCAAGCCUCAAGGCUCUAAAGUCAAAAAAGGAAGAUUCAAGUGAUGAAGGAUCCACCGAUGAAGAGAUGGUCUUGGUAUUGAGAAACUUUAAGAAGUUCAUGAAGAAGAAGUACUACAAGAAAGGUGGUGAUGACAAGAAGAAGCCAUCACAAAGAAGAUGUUUUAAAGAAAUUAAAAAGAUUAUGGAGAAAUUGGAGAAAAAGAAGAAGUGUCUCGAUAGGCAAGAGGACUUGUUCAUCCUUGAGAAGGAGAGAAACCUUACCUUAGAGAAGCCUCUUGACGAAGAAAAGGUGAAAGUUGAAAAUUUAGCUAUCGAUUUAUCUCUAGCUAAUGAUUCAAAAGAGAGGAUGUCAAAGGAGACCACUUUGAUAAAUGAAUCUCUAGCUUCCCUAAAGGCCACUCAUAGUAAACUUCAAGGAAGCUUCUCAUGCUUAACGACCAAGUACAAAGGUCUUGAAGCUUGUAUUACUAACUUGGCAAAGCUAGAAAAGUUGAUCAAAGCAAAGGAUGCUCAACUUGAGAGGUUAAACAAGUUGGUAAGAAACGGAUAUGAAGGUGACACCAAGCCUGAGCCUAAGGUUGCGUACAAGGAAGGGAGACGGUCCCAUAAAAAGGAUGGGCUUGGUCACUACAAGGGAGGCAAGGUAAAUGACCGGAAGGUGGUCAAAGGUAAGGAAUGUGUCAUGUUUACCAAGGGAUCAAAUCUUGAGGAUUUGAUGAACAUUGAAUAUCCCAUCAAGGCAAAGGUCACUAAGCAUGAGCCAUCACCAAGCUACACUACGGAUUAUAUGGUGACAAUGGACCACAAUGGUAAAAUAGUGAUCAAGUAUGUUGGAGCUUACACUAAGAGGGCAAUUCUUAGGAGUGUGUGGGUUCCAAAAGUAUUCUUUUUGCAAGAUAAAAGUGAAACUCAAGGAAUUGUCAAGAAAUUCAUUAGAAGUGCUCAAAAUGAAUAUGAGUUGAAGAUCAAGAAUGUAAGAAGUGAUAAUGGCUCAGAAUUCCGGAACACCAAUGUUGAAGAAUUCCUUGAUGAAGAAGGAAUCAAACAUGAAUUCUCCGCACCAUACACACCUCAACAAAAUGGUAUUGUUGAGAGGAAAAAUAGGAUAUUGAUUGAAACUGCAAGAACAAUGCCUGAUGAGUAUAAGACUCCGGAUAUCUUUUGGACCGAAGCUAUCAAUACGGCGUGUCAUGCCAUCAACCGCCUCUACCUCCACAAAUACUUGGGCAAGACACCCUACGAGAUAAUCAUCGGUAACAAAACCAAGAAUCUUAUCAAAUUUGGUGGGCAAAAUCUCUUGAUUCUUGAUAUUUUGGGUCCGCUCGGGCUCUGUCUGAAGUUCCAACCAUGGGUCAGAAGUUCUAACCCCAUCGGAAGUUCGGCCACCAAGUCAAAAGUUCCUACCGGUGCCUUAACUGUCCCAUUUGAUUCAGUCUGA